GUGAACAUGACAACGUCCGAGAGCAAGGCCAAGGCCCAGACGCACCUUCUCUACGACACGAUUUGGCGCGUCGACAAGGCCAACGAGCGCUUUGGCUCGUGCAAGGACGGCAAGACGAUUUUGAUUCUGCAGCCCGGCCGGAGCCCGAUCAAGCCCUACAUUCGCAUCCCCGAAGGCAUGUACGCGAUCGUCCAGCGCUACGGCAAGGACCUCGACUACGAGCACCCAGACGGGCGUCACAGCCCGCUGUGGCCAGCGGGGUUUCACAUGGCGUCCAUCUUUACCAAGGUCGCGUACCUCGUCACCAAGCAAAACGUAGUCUUCAACACGCCCGUCAAAGGCUGCAAGACCGCCGAUAACGUCACCGUCCACAUCGACAUGUGUCUCGUGUUUCGCAUCAUGGGCGACGAAGCCAAGGGCGAAGACCCAGCGCUCGUCAAGCGGUUCGUGUACGAGCUGGGGCCGCAGGGACUCGAAACGCAGCUGCGCAACGCCCAAGAGGAAGCCGUGCGCGCGCUUGCGCGAAGCGUCGAGCACACCGAGGUCUACUCGCUCCGCGACGGCACGGUCAAGGAACGUAUGGAGAACUCGCUUCAGACGCAGCCAUCGGCGCCCAUUGACGACUUGCUGUUUGAUGAGGAAGAGACCAAGACGACGGACGAGACUCCCGUGCUCGCAAUGCCCGUCAAGUACCUCCAAGUCGAAGGCGCGUCCGACGUGCCGGCAGCCAAGGUGCUCUACAGCGUCACGGAGGACAUCAAGCACAACCUCAACACGCAGUUCAACCCGUAUGGCGUCGAGAUCUCGUCGGUUGCGAUCACCAACGUCUUUUUGCCGCCGAAUUUCGAGACGCAAAUGGAGGAGAAGACGACGUACCAGAGCGCGAUCAAGGAGCAAACGAUGAAGCAGAUGAGCGACAUGCAGCUGCUCCAGUACAAGGAAGAGAUCGACACGACCAAGCUCUCCAAGCGCAUGCGCCGCAUGGAGGAGACCGAGGCGGGCAGUCGCCAGUGCGCCGAGAUCCAAAAAACCAUCGACGUCAUUAAGGCCGACACGAAGCUUCUCGAGGCGCAGAUCAAGCAGGAGCAGAGCGUCCGCUGCGCCAAGAUCGUCGCCGACGCCGACCUCGCGAUCGCCAAGAUUGCCGCCACGACUGAGAUGAUCCAGACCGAGAUCCAGGCUGCGUGCGAUGCCGACGUGAUGCAGAUAUACGCUGAGCGUGACGCGCUCCAGCUCAAGAUGAAGGCUGACGUCGACCGACUUCGCGCACUGGGCGAGGCCCGCGUCCAGGAGAUCCUCGCCGAAGCCGAGGGUGCGGCGGCGACCAAGCUCGAGCACCAGCGCGCGUUCUUGCUAAAAAUGCAGCGUCUCGAUGUGACAAGCGCAAUGGCUGCCAACAAGGACGUUGUGAUUGCUGGCGACGGCAACAAGAACCUGCUUGCCGACGUCUUUGUCGCGCACCAAAAGACCAAUCUGCUCCUCAACCUCCCAGGCAUCUCGGCGUAGCUGAAUGAUAACUCUUUUAUGUUCUUUGAUUGGUUGGAUCGAGAGUAUCGACUUGACAAUAUGAAGCGCCUUGAUCUGCA